GAGAAUUCCAGCGAAGGUUGCUCCACACAGAGAGACAGAGAUGACUUCUGCCCUCCAGCCUCGAGAAUGCAAAGUGACCAAAGAACCCCAGCAGACCUAUGGAUUCUGCCUGCGUGUUGAGGAAGACACCGCAGGGCAUCUGAUCCGGAACGUGGAGAAGAACAGUCCAGCUGAAAAAGCAGGCUUGAAGGAUGGAGACAGAGUCCUCAGGGUUAAUGGUGUCUUUGUAAACAAGGAGGAACACGUGCAGGUGGUGGAGAUUAUCAAAAGCUGUGGAAAUUCUAUUGUACUUCUUGUUCUGGAUGAAGUCUCCUACGAAAAGGCAGAGAAGGAGGGAGUGAACUUGGAGGAGCUGGGUCAAAAGGUACCACCGGGACAGCAGCAGGCCCUGCAGUCCCCAGCCCCCACGGCCAAUGGAGCAAUCAGCGCAGUCCCACAGCCCCGGCUCUGCUACCUAGUGAAGGAGGAGAAAGGCUAUGGCUUCUCUCUGAAAAGCACAGAAGGACAGAGGGGGUUGUUCCUAGUGGAGCUUUCAUCAGAAGGAGCAGCUGCAAAGGCUGGUGUCCAAAAUAACGACCGCCUGGUGGAAGUCAAUGGGCAAAACGUGGAAGACAACACGCACGAGGAGGUGGUGGAAAAGGUAAAGAAGUCUGAAAAUCGUGUUGUGUUUCUCCUUUCAAACAAAGAAACAGACCACUACUACAAGAGCCAGAAGAUGGUGCUGAGCAAAGAGAGUGCCAACCUAAAACUGCUGCCCCUCAAACCACGACUUGUUGACAUCCAGAGAGGAGAAAAUGGUUAUGGCUUCUACCUGCGGAUGGAACGGAACACUGGUGAUCAUGUCAUCAAGGAUGUUGACUCUGGGAGCCCAGCAGCCAAGGCAGGUCUGAAAGACAACGACAUCUUAGUGGCUGUCAAUGGUGAGCAAGUAGCUGGACUGGACCAUGAAAGUGUAGUGGGAAAAAUCAAGCAAUCUGAGGUAAAAACCACGCUGCUGGUGGUGGAUCAUGAGACCAACGCCAUGUACAAACUGGCCCAAAUUUCCCCCUUCUCAUACUACUACAAAACCCAAGAUCCAGCUUCAGCUAAAACAGAGGAAAGUGCAGAGUUGCACAGCGAGCAAAAAGUGAAGCACAAGCCAAGAAUCUGCAAGAUGGUGAAAGGGCCCAGUGGAUUUGGCUUCAGUUUAAACAUGAUCAAGAACAAGCCUGGACUGUUCAUCAAUGAGGUACAAAGCCAGGGGCCAGCUGGCGCAGCAGGCGUACAAAACAACGACUUCUUGGUGGAAGUGAACGGGGUGAAUGUGACCAACGACUCCUAUGACAAAGUGGUGGCAAGAAUCCAAGGCAGUGGUGACAGACUAACACUGCUGGUGUGCAGCAAAGAUGCUUACACCUACUUCCAAAGCCAGAACAUUCCCAUCACAGCCUCUAUGGCAGAUCCAGUCCACGAGAGUUCUGAGCCUCCUGCUUAUACGCAAAACCAUCUGUCAGAGACAGGAAGAAAGUCACCUGAACCAAGGAAAAGGGCAAGCUCUUCUUCCUCCUCAAGGUCAGCUGCCUCUACAAAAUCAGGCAGUGACAACGAUGACACAAGGCUGUGAGGAGACAAAAUAUGCCAAGAACAAAAGUGAAACCUUACCAAUCCUCAUUCUUCAAUCGUUCUUUGCUACUACACCUCCCAGAACUUGACUAUUCCUAACAGAGCCAUACAUGUAAGGACUGAUUUCAGCUGCCUGAAAGAAACGCUUCAGUGUGACUUGCAUUCAUUUAACAGAAGUGCAAGUGUGCUUCCUUGGCUUUCUGCCUUGUAAAGCAGGCAAUUAGUCACUUCUGUAAAAGCUCAACUCACUUAAACAUAUAUAACCAAGUACACUCCAGCAGCAGGCAGAAACCUUUUAUAGAUUUCUAAGCAUCUUUGCCUUUUAAGGAUAAGCUCUUCAUAAAGAGCAACUGAUUUCUGCCCAUCUCCCAGGAGAGGCAGUUCUCUCUCUAAUCCAAGUCCAUCAGCUGUUGCACCAACCUCUGUUGCACCUCCUCUGUGCUAUACUUCCAGUAGUAAAACAGCUGUGAAAUGCCUUAAGCCAACAUCCUCUGUGCAUGAUGCUCCUCACUCCUGCUAACCUUGCAGGAAUUUCCUUCAAACAUUAACUUCAUAAUGUGUAACUCCAGACAUUUAAGCACCAUUAUCUCUCCUCUGCAUGCAGUUGUGGAUUAUGAUAGUCAGAACAGUGCACUUGACUGAGUCAGGCAGGUUUGUCUAACUCCCAAGUCAUCACUACACUGUCUUGAAUGUAAUGUAACUGGUUCUGUAAAGCUGCUGCUGUAUAUUUUGCCUCCUUGCUGUACACUGAAGACAACACAGAAAUAAACUGUUUAGAGUGA